GGGCUGCAGUGAAUCUAACACUUGUGACUCCAGAAAAAGCCAUCAAGUUAGCUGCCAAUGAUUUCUUUAGGCACCAUUUGGCCAAAGAUGGAGCCAAGUUGACGCUGCUGAAAGAGAUGCUGGCCGGUUGUGGGGCAGGGACCUGCCAGGUGAUUGUCACUACUCCCAUGGAGAUGCUCAAAAUCCAGCUACAAGAUGCAGGCCGAAUUGGGAUGUCCCAUUUUCCAUUAUUUAUUUUCCACUGUUUGCCAACCUGAAUAAACUGGGGCAGAAGAGCCUUGAUGUCAAGGCUCCUUUCUAUGUCUCCUUCCUGUCUGGAUGUGCGGCAGGCAGCACAGCAGCCGUAGCUGUCAAUCCUUGUGAUG